AUGUAUUACCAGGGGUUUAAUCCAUUGAAACUGAGGACCGUAAUGCAAAAUAGAGAGCCUAACAUUGGGAGUUUCACUUCUGACAUUGCAAGGUUAAUAGUGAUUUACCUAGUGAGAGGCACAAAUAUCAAAAAGACGCUUGCAUUGCUUGCUACGACUAACUCAAGAGGUGCUUCAGAAAUUGCAAAAUUAAAGGAGAAGUAUCGUAUUUUAGAACCUGGGUCAAACCUUAGCACUGAGUCAGUAACAAUGCAACGAAUAGCAGCAUGUUUCCCUGAAGAAGUUAUGAAGGCUAUUCUAGCAUUAGACUCAACAGGAAGAUUUUCCCCAAUUACUACAGAUCUUCCAGAAAGUUUCCCCAGUGUAUUGAUGACUCCUGUAGCUGCAUCUGCUAUACCUAGGAAAGAAGGUUCUUCAACUAAAAAGCUAUUAGAAGCACAUCUAAUUUUCCUCUUAGAGAUGGACAAUGUCAUGAAUCCCAAAAACAGAACCAAGAAGGAUAAGAUAAAGCAGUAUCAGAUGGCAGCUCAUAACAGCCCACUUCUAACAGAGACUCAACGCAGGAAUUUCUGUGACUUGUUUGGAUUGGCUUCGGAGACUGAUCAAGGGUUUCUAAUAAAUCCUAAUGUCUCUAAGUGCAUAAAGGAGUACAAUGAAAGAUCUAAUAGUUAUUCGGACUAG